CAAAUACCAGUGCAAGUUGUGCCGGGGCGUUGUUGAAGUACCAAAAGAAUAUUUCUGUCAUAUGGAUGGACAAGGGUCACGAGCAGAUAAAUUCCAGCGGCCAGAAUUGUGUUGCGGCAGCUACGAGUUCAUUGCGACUCCAGAGUAUUGCCGGGAUAAACUGCUUCCCAAGGAACCAGCAUUUAUAUUUGUUUUGGAGAUAAACCAGCUGAUGAUACAGAGAGGUGUUAUACCCCUCUUGUGCCAGAGUAUGAAAGAUAUAUUGAAGAACCUUCCCCGGGAUUGUAUUAAUGGCACCCUCAGUAGUGAAUCUACCAUGAAAGUUGGCUUCAUUACCUAUGAAUCAAAUGUCCACUUCUACAAACUCGACGGUCAAUCUCCAGAAAUGUGCGUAGUGUGUGAUCGUGACGACUUGUUUGUUCCUGUGCCUGGAGGUGUUCUUUGUGAUGCUAAGGAUGCUGCUGACAAUAUUGACAAACUUAUGGAAUGCAUUCCUGAAAACUUUAAAGACACUCGAGAAACCUCUGGUGCAUUUGCCGGUGCAAUUCGUGCAGGAAUGGAAGCCCUCAGGGCUUCUGGCAGAGUGGGAAAAUUGUUUGUAUUUCAUUCAUCUUUACCGGUAGGCAGUGGAGCUAGUAGUUUAAAGAUGCGAGAAGAUAGAAAACUACUUGGAACUGAAAAAGAGAAGACUGUGUUAAAUCCACAAACUACUUAUUACAACAACCUUGGACAAGACCUCGUAGCAGCUGGCUGUUCUGUAGAUUUGUAUAUUUUUAAUGAUAGUUAUGUUGAUUUGGCCACUAUUGGACAAGUGGCAAGGCUAACAGGAGGCCAGUGCUAUAAGUAUACUUUCUUCCAGUCUAACAAAGAUGGCCCAAGGUUUUUAAAUGACCUCAAACUUAACAUUGGGCGUAACAUAGCCUUUGAUGCUGUAAUGCGAAUAAGGACUUCACAAGGUGUCAGACCUGUGGAGUUCUAUGGUCAUUUCUUUAUGUCCAAUACAACUGAUGUAGAACUAGCAAGCAUAGACUCCAGUAAAGCCAUUGCUAUAGAAGUAAAACACGAUGAUAAGCUGACAGAAGAGGAUGGUGUGUACAUACAAGCUGCUCUCCUAUAUACAUCUUGUAGCGGGCAGAGAAGACUUCGCAUCAUCAACAUGGCUCUCACUGUGUGCAUGCAGAUGGCUGAUCUGUUUAAGAAUUGUGAUCUUGAUACACUGAUGAAUUUCUAUAGCAAGCAAUCCAUAGUAAAAUUAUUAGACACAAAUGCAAAACAGAUUUCCUCGAGUUUUGGUGCACAAGACAAAGUAUUUUCUCUAGUUACUGUAAAUAUUUAUCAAUAUGAUACCUCAGACAACAACUGAGAAAAGACUGAGAAA